UUGCUACUGUUGAUACCAUGAAGUGCUGAUGUUGAUGUUGGUGAUAUAACGGUGUGCGGUCCAUCAGCGUCGGAUGGAAAAAAAAAUGAACGAUAGCACCAGUUAUUAAUUUCACAGACAUUUGACGUUGUUACUAAGCGCAUUGCCUCUUGUCUCCUGUAUUUCUUAGUUCUGACUUUACGGGAAGACCGAAAGUUAGCGUUUGGCUAGGUAGCCCAGCUAACCCUGGCUAGCAGCAGCAGCAGCAGCGCUCGGCGUAGUUGAAGCUCAGCUGCCGACACUUAGCAGCUUUAUGCCGAGAGGAGAGGUGAGUUUCCGGGCUCCAGACAACGAUGCAGUGAUUAUAUACGUGGCUGGCUGUCGUCUGGAUGUUAUACGCUUGGCCAGAUAACUUUCUUUACACCAAAAGGAUCGCGAACACCGGAGAUGAUGAGCUAAACUGAUGCCCAGAUUGAGCCAAGCGCAAAUCAAACAACUGCAGAGGAGAUGAGUCAGCUUUGGUGGCGAGCCAAGCGCCUGUCGGAGAGCUUGGGGAAUGACUCUCCUAAUGGCCUCCCCCCGGGGUCUCCAGCCACUGUGGCCCCACAGGGAUCCAACUCCUCUUGGGUGUCCGAAGCCCCGGUGGUCACACUACAGGAGCCCAUUUUCCUCAUGACCUCCACCGCCCAGACGAUAUCAGGAUUUUUUGUUUGGACAGCUCUUCUGAUCACAUGUCACCAGAUCUACAUGCACCUGCGUUACUACAGCUCUCCAAAUGAGCAGAGGCACAUAGUUAGGAUCCUCUUCAUAGUCCCCAUCUACGCCUUCGACUCCUGGCUCAGCCUUCUUUUCUUCACCAACGAGGAGUAUUACGUGUACUUCGACACAGUCCGAGAUUGCUACGAAGCCUUCGUCAUCUACAACUUCCUGAGUCUGUGCUACGAGUAUCUGGGAGGAGAGAGUGCCAUCAUGGCUGAAAUCAGAGGGAAACCUAUCGAGUCGAGCUGUAUGUAUGGGACCUGUUGUCUGUGGGGCAAGACCUACUCAAUUGGUUUCCUCCGGUUUUGCAAACAGGCGACUCUCCAGUUCUGUGUGGUGAAACCCCUGAUGGCAGUGAUCACUGUCAUUCUUCAGGCCUUUGGGAAAUACAGAGAUGGAGACUUCAACGUGGCUAGCGGUUACCUGUAUGUCACCAUUAUCUACAACAUCUCCGUCAGUCUGUCGCUCUACGCUCUCUUCCUCUUCUACUUUGCCACACGUGAGCUGCUCAUCCCUUACAACCCCGUGCUCAAGUUCUUCAUGGUCAAGUCGGUCAUCUUUCUCUCCUUCUGGCAGGGGAUGCUGUUGGCCAUCCUGGAGAAGUGUGGCGCCAUUCCCCAGAUCAGUUCUGCUGACUUCUCUGUGGGCGAAGGAACAGUUGCUGCAGGCUACCAAAACUUCAUCAUCUGCAUAGAGAUGUUCUUUGCUGCUAUUGCUUUGCGCCAUGCCUUUACUUACAAGGUUUACAUGGACAAAAGGCUGGACUCGUAUGGCUCAUUUCCUAUCUAUGGACAGUACGGUCGCUGUGCCCCUAUGAAGAGCAUCUCCAGCAGCCUGAAGGAGACCAUGAACCCAGGGGACAUGGUCCAGGAUGCCAUCCAUAACUUCUCCCCGGCUUAUCAGCAGUACACCCAGCAGUCCACACUGGAGCGAGGCGGGGGCCCGCCCCUGUCCCGCAGCCACAGCAACCUCAGCACCCGCGGGGACAAUGAAAAGACCCUUCUGCUCAGCUCUGACGACGAGUUCUGAGAGUCAAACACACACUCAGACGUUCACGUCACUCCUGUAGACCACAUUGAAUUUUUAGCAGACAAAUCAGAUCUUUCAUUUCAAGUUUAACAUAGAAGAUCAGAUAGUUUCGUUUUUUUUUUUACAUUUAGAUAACAAAAGAUCCACUGUAAGUUAAAUGGAGGUGUGAGGGAGUACUUUAUGAGAUUGGAGAUGUUAGAAAUGAAGUGAGGGAGAAGUGAGGUUGGGAACAUUGGAUUCAUUCACUGGCCGAGCUGUUAUUUGUGUUGAUGUCAUAGUUGUGGUUUUGGGCCAUUUCUGAUAGAAAUAUCUGUGGAAUAUCGAUCAGUACAAAUAAUCGUGCCUGCAUAUAGCAUCUUAAUACUGCACCUUAGACUCUACGACAAAAAAAAUUACUAUAUAUAAGCUAGAGAAAAUAAGUGCCAUCUUCAUCUGACACACACGGCCUCUUUAAUUCUUCGUUUUUAUAUCAGUUCUCAAUCCAUUCGCCUCUUCACCCCUCUGCCAACUCUAACUGAAACUUUGCCAAAUUUGGGGAGCAGUACUCUGUCCUCCAAUGACAAGACAUUGUCUUAAAGUUCAGGAUUGAUUUAUAUUCAAACAAAGUAAAGGAGCCUUUGAGCUGCUGAGUUCAUUUUAAUAUAUGAUCACAAAUAACUAUUUUAUUUAAAUGUCGUACGGCCUUGCAGGUAGAACUCAUUUAUAGAAUAUUGUUAUAAAUAUACUGUGUAAUUUAUCAUUAUUGUUGUGGGUCGAUUUGGACGAGUGAAACUGAAGCGUAAUAGUUGCAACUCCAGCUGUUGGUCUGCGAUGUUUGUGCAGCGCUGAGGGAACAGCUGUGGGAAAGAUUUACUAGUGGGCCGAGGGGACUGACAGAAGGACAACGCCCACACAGAUUACAGAUUACUGAAGAAGCAACACUUUCCCCGCAGAGCCGGCCCAGCUGUGAUGCGCUGUGGAACGUAAUCUCAUAAUUAUUGGUGUUACGUGCAGCACAGAUCAGGGCUGCCUCUGCUGGUGCUAUUUGUAAUGGCAACAGUAGUGAGUGAGGCAGGACUAAGAAGGUCAUGCAAAGAUGUGUUGAUGGACAGACUCUGAGUAUACAUUAUAUUAACACUCACAGUAAGAACAUAUACUUGAUUUUUGGGGCAUUUUUAAUUUUUAUGCACUAUAUUUGGAGGGUUGCAAAAAGCAGUGAUUUGUGCUAGAAUAGUGAAAAGCUGGCCAGAUGUCUUCUCUUUUUUCUGAUGUUUUUCCAAAAGGUGAUGGCAUCUACGUUUGAGUUAAUUGUUCUUAUGUUUGCAGCAGAUGUUUAUAACACAUGACCAGUAUACUGUAUAACUUGCUUGUGGUUGUGAUCCUAAAUGUUUAAUGGCAGAGGACAGGAGUAAAAAAAAAAAAAAAAAAACAAAAAAAAACAGAAGCUUCCAUGGCAGAGGUGUCAAACUCAUUUUAGUUCAGGGGCCACAUUAAGCCCAAUUUGAUCUCAAGUGACCAGUAAAAUCACAGCCUAAUAACCUAUAAAUAACAACUCCAAAUUUUCCCUUUGUUUUAGUGCAAAAAAGUACAUUCUGAAAAUAUUCACAUUUAAGGAAUUAUCUUUUUACAAAACAUCGUGAACAAGCUCAAAUUUCUUAAGAAAAAAUAAGUUCAAUUUCAGCAAUAUUAUGCCUCAGUUUAUCAUUUACACAUUACAACUUAUAGAUCACAGUGUUUCUACAAAGGAGCAAAACAUUUAGUCACAGGCACCUGGAACUGAACAUCGUAUUUAAUGAUCAAAAUGACAAAAGUCAGACAAAAAAAAAAGACAAAAUAUUACAAAAAUCAGAUGCAAAAUGACAAAAACGAGACACCAAACAACAAACGACAUGAAACAAAACAAAAAAAGAGACAAAAAAUUAGCAAAGAAGUUACAAAGCGACAAAAACAAGACAAAAAAUUACACAAAUGACACAAACAAGACCAAAAAUGACAAAAGCAAGAAACAAAACAACAAAAAAGUAGACUACCAACACAAACGAGACAAAAAAACACACAAAAUGAUACAAAACAUCGAACAAAGCAAAACACAAAAUGGCAAAAAUAAGACAAAAAACAACAAAAGAUUAAAAGGAAACACAAAAUGACAAAAAUGAGAAAACGACAGAAACACGAGACAAACGACAAAAGUCAGACAAAAAAAAAUAAGACAAAAUAUUACAAAAAUUGAGAUCCAAAAUGGUAAAAGAACAAUGAGCAAUCUAAUAUUUUAUGGUGAAAACAACUUGUCAUGGUCUAGAAAUUAUUUUAAAUUUACAGUUUUACAAAUUUACAAUCUGCAGUUAAUGCCUUCUCUGUAAUUUUUACACUUUGAGGGGCGGAUUGGACCCUCUGGAGGGACGGUUUUGGCCCGCGGGCCGCAUGUUUGACACCCCUGUUCAAUGGAAAAGUCACAUCCUGCCUCUGAACGUGUGUUUUCUGUUUGCUGUAUUGACUGCACAAUCCGGAUAGAUUCUACAGACUGACAGUCCUUGUGAGGAAUGAAUGUAGUCUUAAAGAAAAAUGAACAGCCAAAUUGAUCUGUGCCCUCAGAUCAGUUUAAUUUAUGAGAAAAUAGUUUUGAGUUGGCAGAAUAAUGAAAGUAUUUGUUCAGUUGUUAACCCUUCAGCCGCCACCUUAACUGAAAAACGAACGCAUUGCAGACCUUCAGUCAAAGUUGAGAUUUGUUCUAUUGAUUAAGUUUGUGAUAUGGAAAAUUUGAAAUUCACUGCCUUAUAUUUUCAGUCCUCUUCAUUCAAAAUUCUAUCAAAUGAUAGUUUUGAUACGAUGUUUAAAAGCUGGAUGUUAUUUACAAAGCUCAACACAUACCGAAAUGGAAAAACAAAAUGCUGUAAAUAAGUCAAACUAAGCACCGCUGCAGAACAUUAAAGGUGAUGACUGUCAUGGCAUCACUUGUAUAGUGCUUUGUUUGAAUAUUUUUGUGUUUUAAUUAUCUCAUUUCGUAUAUACUCUUAUUUUAUUCUUCAUUGUAUACUUUUUAAUUUGUAUAUUGGUACUACCAAAUGUUUUGAUGCUAUGUUGGUUUCUGUUGGUGUUGCAAAAGAAAUAAAAUGCAAAUGAAAAGUA